AUGGCGGCGCUCGGUGCAGUACAGACAUUGGAAGAGAAUGUUUCCAAGAAGCUAUAUCGGGCUGCUAGAGCCAUCGCCUGGCAGAAGUUGAAGUUUAAAACUACAUCAAGAUCAGAUACCAUUAGCCGGAGUCUGAAGUUGCAGUCAGCUCAGACCCUGCUUUUUCUCCUUAUAUAUUCAAGCUGGGCUCGUAAUGCCUCUGUUGUUGUUGAAGGGUUCGAGCUACAUUCGCCCUUGGUACAAUAUAUGCAGGCAAGUGGGUUUGCCGAAUACGACAGCACUAUGGAGCAAAGCUGGAUUGAAUGGUCAUUAUAUGAAUCCGAACGUCGAACUAAAUUCCUUUCAUUUUGCUUCCUCAACAUUCACACUUUAAUAUAUAAUCGCCCACCAUCUCUGCUCGCUAGAGAAAUUCAACUUCGCCUUCCCUGUUCAACAAAGGAGUGGGAAAUCACAAAUGAGCUAGAUUGGGCAGCAACUCGUCAAGCGUACAUAUGCAAUAUAAUCAGCUUCCAAGAUGCACUUGAGCGUCUUGUGGACCCCAAGGCAGUCAACCGAGAAACCUUGCCUUGCCCUUUUAGCAAUUUGAUAUUGCUUCACGGAGUCUUACAACGCAUUUAUUUACUGCGUCAACUAUCAUUUGGACACAAUCUGAGUGAUCAUGAAAUAGACAACAUUCAUUCAGCACUCUCCAAAUGGGCUAGAAUUUGGCAGCGCGCAUCAGGGUCAGAUUUACACCCCAGCAGCGAACAUGGACCCAUUCCUUUCACCUCUGUUGCUUUCCUCACUCUAGCGUAUGUCCGAACCCAUCUAGACAUAGGCCCUAAAAUGUGGUUGGCAACACGCGACCCAGCAACUGUGGCGCUGGCGCUGUUUUCAAUCGCCCCUCCGCGACGCCAUUCAAAUCUAACAAGCGUUUUACUGUACACAAUUCACGCACUAAGCCUGCCAGUAGCUUUUGGCAUUGACCAUGUGGCUAGAAGUCAGUCAAUUCUAUGGUGCUGUCAGCAUGCAGCAUGCGCCCUUGAGAGUGCAGUUUUCCUCUCCAAGUGGCUAGAGAAUAUUACCAUCUAUCAGAUGGCAAAUGCUCUAGAGCUCUACGAACGACAUAUACUCUCGUCGAUUGAAUCUGUCAUCAAAGAAGCACUUGAUUCUGGGGAUUGGGGAGAUGCAGAUACAUCAUCCUGGUGCCAAGGUCCCCGCCAAAUGAGUAUAGCCGUGUUGAAAAUCUGGUCGAAAGUAUUCAGCGAAAAGUCCUCAUGGGCGAUCACAGAGCACGUUGGCGAAUGUCUAAAUGAAUAUUUGAAGAUCUAUGAGAACUCUAGUCAGUACCUAACAUAA